CUUGUCUUGUUUAUUCCACAGCACUCAACCCUUCUGUUCACCUAUUUUCUUUUAUCGGAUUUAAAAAAAACGUGGAGUAUCCUUGAUAUCUUUAUUUCCUGAAACAGACAAAAAAGUCAGCCGGUUCACUUUCUCGGCUCGCCUUUUUUUUUUACUUUCUCAUUCUUUUAUCUCAUACACAAUAUUCAUUUAUACAGAUACAAAGGCACAGUAUAUUUAUUCUAGUCAUGUCCACUGCAUUAACUCAAACCUCGCAGAUCAAGCGCUUGCUAGCUCAGCUCUUGACUCGAUCCAAUGUCUCCAAGGCCAUUGGCGCUUAUUUACUCUACAUCAUCUUCAAAUACCGCAACUCAGUCUAUGGCCUACCCAGCCGGUUUGAUAUUCCUGGCCCACUCGCUGUUCCCUUGAUCGGAAAUUUGCUUCAAGUCAUUUUCUUUCCCCGAAACCAGCUUUUGCAGAGACAGACGGCCAAUCAUGCUCGCUAUGGCAAAAUCUAUGCUUUGACAGUUCCAGGUGUUGGUCGUGUGUUGAACAUCGCGGAUCCAGAGAUGGUUGACCAUGUGCUGCGAGUCAACUUUUGGGCAUAUGAGAAGGGUCCUCAUCUGAGAAUGGCGUUGGAACCCUUGGUUGGUGGAGGAAUCUUUGGCGCAGACGGCGAGCACUGGAAAUGGCAACGAAAAGUUGCAAGUCAUAUCUUUAACGUCAAAGCAUUCCGUAACUACACCAGCACAGUCUUUGUUCAAGAGGCACAGUUGGUCAUAGACUACCUUUCCAAAAAGGCUGAUUCCGGUGAAGUUGUUGACCUACAAGACUUGUUCUAUAAAUAUACUUUGGAUUCAUUCGGUGAGAUCGCGUUCGGCCAGUCAUUCGGGACUCUCACUAAACCCGGCGAUGAAGUACCAUUUGCUGCGGCCUUCGAUCGCCUAAAUCAUGCGCUCUCAGAACGUCUAAUGAUCCCUAUCUGGAAGCUCAAGGAUUGGUGGAAUGGCGAAUUGGAUCAAGUGGACAAGGAUACCAAGGUCGUCAAUGAAUUUGCAUAUCGUGUCAUCCGUCACCGUCGUAAACAUGGCAACCAAAAAGAUCAUAAGGACCUGAUGCAGCUCUUUAUGGAAACCGCAGAUGAAAAUGGCGAACCUUUGACAGACGAAAUGUUGAAGGAUACCCUCAACAACUUUAUCUUGGCAGGCCGUGAUACCACCGCACAGGCACUGUCUUGGACUUUUUAUCUGAUACACCGUCAAGGAGCCAAUAGGAAUAUCGUUCAAAAGUUGGUAGAGGAGACAGACACUAUCCUUCAAGGUGGGGCUCCUACAUAUGAGUCCACGAAGCAGCAGAAGUACGCAGAAUCUUGUUUUCAUGAAGCAUUGAGGCUCUAUCCUUCCGUUCCCAAGAACAUCAAGACCUGUGUCGAGGAUGAUGUCUUGCCUGGUGGAUACAAAGUCUACAAGAACGAAAAAGUUGCAUGGAGCUCGUGGGCUAUGGGCCGUAGUACUUCUAUCUGGGGCCCUGAUGCUUCCGAUUAUAAGCCCGAGCGCUGGCUCACAGGAGAAAAGCCUUCACAAGCAAAGUUUGUAGCCUUCCAUCUGGGGCCUCGCACUUGUUUGGGGCAACAGUUCGCAACGAUCGAGGCUAUUACAGUCAUGUCGAUGCUUAUGCAAAAGUUUACAUUCGAGCUGGUGGAGCCUAACAAGGAGCCUGCCUACCACCCAUCAUUGACCUUGCCUAUGGCUCAUGGCUUGCCCGUUAGACUGAGGCAUCGUGUUGACUCCCAGACAAGCUAGAUUAUAACUCAAUACUCUCCCAAUUAGCUCUUUUAAGGAUAGUAAUAACAAUAAUAACUUGCCAUUUUUACUAAGGAAGUUACUCUAAAC